AUUCUCUCAUUCAACAGGAAAUGAAUGAGAGCGCGUUUCACGAAACGCCGUUGAAUAAAUAAGAAUAAAAAUAAAAGGGGUUGAAAUAAGACGGAACGUUGAAGGUUCCGUGACAUGCGGAAAGAUAAACGCGAAGUUAGGCUUUCUGCCAAAACGUUCGAUCUUCAAGGUGCGCGCGUCGUUUGAUGGAAAUUCCCCGACGGUAAAACCGACGCGAUCAUGGAACUGAUGGAGAGUAUCGUUAAACUCGUUUCUUUCUUUCCGAGUCGACUCUCGUCUUUGAAUAGACAUUGGUCGAUUAAAUCUUGUAGCUGUUAGGCGCCACUACAGUGGCUUCCCUCUAAGCGACUUUCUAGGACGAAACACCAUUACACUGGCUUUCUUUUUUCAUCUUACUUCUUCACCUAUAUAUGUAAUCGCAUUAACUCUUCCGUUACCAUUGGCGAGCAUAGUCGUUUAACGAAAUUCUAAAAUUCCAGAAAAAAAAUUUCUCUCUAUGUUUUUGUCGUUAGAAAGGUUAAGACUAAUCAAAGGGUUAAAGCGUGCUAUAACGAAGAGAUAAUUAAUCGGAUCAAUGAUUACUCGACGUUUGAAUCUCAUCUCCGUUUGGUUUCGUCAGAGGAAAUGCUCGAGUAUCUGGAAUAGAUCGGAUUUCGAUUAUGCGACAUUGACUGCUUUUCCGGGUCGCAUUUAUUUUUAAUUCACCGAUACAGAGUUCAGAGGAGUGACGUCAAGCAGACUAGGCGUGGAUGAUUCGAUGCCAUGUACUUCGGCAAACCGCCAGGGUAUUGCUGAUCGAUUGAUUACCCUAAUAAUAUUUUCCUUCCGAAUGAGAACCUGCCCCUUUAUGUAUGUAUUUCAUACGAUUCUAUAUUUGAUUAAGAAAACAAAGCGUAUUUGUUUCGCAGUAAAUCCUUUGUGCGAGCUUGCUAAGGAAAAUUAGUUGAUCACCGAUGACACACAAAGCGUUUGUUAACAGUGUUUUUCCAUUACUCAUUGCGAGCCUUAUUUCGAAUUAGUAUAAUUUUUUUUCUUUAGUCAUUUAGCCUCGAUAGCUCUCACGAUAGUCGAUCUUUCAAUAUUUUCUUAUUUUUAACAAUGGACAAUUUCGUUUUAGAGGGUGCUACAGUGGAAGGGUUUGUAUUAAUUUGAAGUUAGCCUGCAAGAAGAACACGUUUCAACAAUGAUAUACUAUGAUGUUUUGUAUCCCAGGAUAAACCGGUCUUUAAGAAGUGAAAGAAGAGAUCGAACCUCUGUCACUGGUCCUGUCUCGUUACCGACCACUUAUUUUCGGUCGGUCCAAAUUCAAUGGAAAAAGAUACUGGCCAGUUGCCAACGGUGCUCAACGAGUACGUUGUCUUUUUACAACCCUUUUCAGACUCAGAAAACACCGAAUGAUGUGGUGCCUUUCAAAGAAUUCUUUGUUAAAUGAAAUACGUUCAAAUUAAUCGUAAACUCUUGUUGUUAGAAUACUUUAGGUUUAAUUCUUAAAAUAUUCUACACGAAGUGCAUAUCGAACCAUUCAUAACUUUCACAUUAUUUAUUUUAGCUAUUGAAAGAAUAAUACGAAAGCAAUUUCAAGAAUUUUUAUUUUUGCAACUGUUAUUAUUAAAUUAGUUUUGUUCUAAUUGGGAGAUAUUGAAAAGUUUAUUGCAGAUUUGGAGUUCGAAGUCAUAGCCUUAUGGUUAAAUCUUUUUUCUAAUUCUUUAAUCGUUAUUUUAUUAAAUAUUUAAAUGCAAAAAAGUAGUUUAUGGUAAAAAAUGAUUAAAUGAUUUUUAACGAUGUUUGAAAUUGGUAGAAAAAUUGACCAUGCGGUGGCGCGCUUAUCGAACGCUCCGCCAUGUUAGUUUAUGCUCUGUGCUGAAAUGAAAAAUUUGUAUAUUCAGCAACUGUAACUCGUUCAAAUAAAAUUAAAAAUGUGAUUCAUUCAGUUCCCGACAAAAAACAAAAUUACGGGAUGAGUAUUUCUGUUUGGGAAGCUUUUGAAAUUAAAUUGUGAAUUUUGUUGAAUAAAUUUGAAAAGCUACCGCAAUGCUUUGAAUCGUGCGGUCGUUACAAACUCAAAAGUACGUUUGUCAGACGCUUAGGUAUUUCCGACGACAAAUAUUAAGGUAGAGUUAAAUAAAAGCUGUUUGUUUUGUGAGUUUUCGAGUUAGAAGGAACACCAUUCUAUUUUGGUAUAAUAUCAAGUGUUAUUUUGUCGCACACAUUGUUUAACUACCUGUUGAAUUCAAAUUUUAAAUCAGAGAUAUAUGUCAAUUGUUUCUGGUUCGAAAUGUAUAAUUAUUACAUUCAAUACCAAGGGAAUAAAUAUUAGUCGGCAAUGUUGAGAACAGUAGGAAUGUAUAAAACGAUUAUUUAUUUGUUUCUUCCUAUUUCGGUUUUAUUUGCAUUUGAUGGAAAUGCAAUAUUGAGGGAAUUGGGUGAAAAACAGUAUCAAAUGAUUAAAGCUAAAUCAUCUUUGUCCCAUCAUGGAACAUGUUGGCACAAUGCUAUUCAAGCAAUGAAAUCUAGCUGUAGUAAUUUAAAUGACCAAGAACAUUCACUUAUGGCUUUGAAAUUAACAAAUUGUUUCUUGGAAGAUUCUGGUCAUGAAACUUACAAUUGUCAUCAUAUAGAAUCAGAAAAUCAACGCAAAAAUUGCAUUAGUAACAUGUCAGACAGGGCAUUUAAUGUAUAUAAUGAAUAUUAUAUACAUGCUACACACAUGUGCUUUUAUUUAAACUAUGAAGCUUGGCAAAUUGAAACUGACAAUACCAUUAAAGAAUUAUAUCAAGUUUCUUCAAGAAUGAAGGAACAAUUAUUGGAAGCUUCAGAAAUGCAAGGGGCAAUGCUUGAAGGUCAAAAACAAAGUCUCAAAAUGCAAAAUAAACUUUUAGAUCAUGGAAAGGAACUUGGUUCUAUACUGAAGUCUUCGUCCGAAAGUGUUAACAGUAUGGCCAAAGAUUUUAAAGAAACAGCAAGGGAUCAAAGAGAAUUAUUAUAUCAAAUCUUCUCCUAUAUACGUACUUUUCAAGACUGGAUUAUUGGAGAAGUUUCUUGGUUUCAAUCUAUUAUGUAUUAUACAAUUGGUUGUAUUUUAUGUGCAUUAUUUAGUUCUUCUAAAAGAACUGUAGAUGCCAGAAUCACACUUUUUACAAUUCUAAGUUUAAAUGUUAUAAUAGAACGAAUGUUAGUCAAAUAUUAUGAUAAUGUUGUACAUCAUCCCAAUGAUAAGGAAAACUUAAUCAGUACAACAUGGAUGUACAGAAAAAUAGCUCUCACACUUUGUGCUGUUACAUUAUUGUUAACAUAUUAUUAUUACAAAGAUGAACAAAUAGAAAAUUAUAAGGCGUUAAAAAGAAUUGAACAUCAGUUGAAUACCAUACAAGAAGUAACAUCUACUUGUACCACUGAUUAUCCAUUUCGUAUGUAUAUUAAUUGCAUAUAAUUUAUAUUAUGAACAAAUAACUGAAAUUGUUUUAUUAUACAGGUUAUUUCACUAGGCUCAGAGUGAAACAGUUACAAGCACAAACAAGUAGACAGGCUGAAAUGAGAACUUCUUCAUAAUUAAG